AUGACAGAUUUUUCAUCAAAUUAUACAAAACCAUUAGGAAUGUGGAGCAAUCCCUGGACUGCCAAAGAUGGUAGCCCCGAAGAUGAUAAGUUGAAUUCUAGAAACAUUAAUAAUGGCUUGCAAGUAACUACUGUGCCACAAUUUAAGUUUAAGAAAAUUAAUUCGGUGCAGAACAAUGACCUAGAUAGCCUUGCUUUGAGACAAAGUUAUACAAAUUCAGAGUUUUAUAACAAUAUGGGCUUGAAACGUGAAUAUCUUACUCUCACACAAUCUGUUGGUGGAUUGCUUCGCGGUUUAAACAAUUUAUGUAAAAACGCUGAGGAUCAAAUUAUAUUAGCAGAAAAUACAAAACAUAAGUUGACCAUUUUUGAUUUUUGUGGUGAGCGGAUAAGUUCCGGCUAUCUCCUGGACAAUGGAUUGCGUUGUCCUGGUCAUAUGUACCACUGCCAGCAGACGGGAAGGCUGAUUAUGGUCGAAAGACUUCCAAGCCGAAAAAUCAAGAUAAUAGCGGCGGAUUUCAGCAAAGUUACAUCGUUCUCGUACCAUUCAAAUUAUCCGCAUGAUGUCUGCGUGGACCGAAACCUCAACAUAUUACUUCUGGAUACCAUGUUAAGAACAAUCUACAUAUACAACGAGAUCGGAGUACUUUUGAAAACUGUCUACUGUCGGGACGUUCUUCUUCCUUUCAAUAUUGAUGUCAAUCAACACGAAGAGAUCUUCAUCUGCGACAAUAAAAAACAUUGCAUAGAGGUGUACAAUUAUGAAGGAAGAAAUUUGCGAACGAUUGGAAAAAGAUUCAUCAUAAAUUAUCCGGUUUAUGUAAGAAUUGGAAGAAAUGACGAAGUUAUUGUAGCCGACAAUCACUUUGGCUUCAAUUUAACAAUUUUCAACAGAGAGGGUGACACGAUAUUGGCAGCACUGAAAUCAACAGAACGCAUUAAAAAAUGUUACAGUGUGGCGGUGACUUCCAAAGGAAUGAUCGUUCUAACGGCCGAUGAUUGCAAUUUACGUAUUUUGAAAUUUCCUUCGACAUUAUUAAAGAGACUUAACUGGGAUUUCGAUCCAGACAUGAAAAUUAUUUGUAAAAUUGAUGGUAACUCAAAUGUAACUCAAAUUGAAAACAUGAGGGUUUCAACUCAGUUCUAUAACCUGGAAGAUGGUGGUGCAAAUGCUCCAAAGCGGCCUAGAAAUCUAAAGGAUGUUGUUAAAAGUGUUAACAAUUGUAGCAGCAAGAACAGUAAAAACAUGGAUGAUAAUGUUUGCAAUGAUUGGUCUAGCGGAGUUUCAUCGGAAAGUGAAAAACAGCUGGAAAUCAAUAUAAAAAAUUUUAGCGGAAGUCUGGCGAAGUUAAUUGAAAGCAAUUCAUAUGAGAAUUCAGGAGAGAAAAGCGGCAUUUUAUUUAAAUGUAAAAUUCCAUUAAAUCAUUUCACAACGGAAAAUGAAAAAAAUGGAAAUGAGUUCAUAGCUAACAAUGAAAUUAAUGCAAGACCAAUUCGAGAUAUUUGGUGUCACGAGAAUCCGGAGCAAAAUGAUCAUCUUGAGAGAGGAUACAAAACCUGGACCUGGGCUUUAUUUUGA